AUGGCCCUUUGGAAGGGCACGAAGGCUGCAGCCGCUGCCGACACGGAACAGUCCAAAGAGUAUCGCGAGGAGCAGUCCGAAGUCGAUCUUCAACGUAACAAACGUAUUGAGGAGAUGAACGUCAUCAUCGACGCAAAGUUGAGGCAGUUCAACAUCUCCGAGGUAGUUGAGUCUCUCGUUACGUCACGGCUCUCUGCCAUCGAGAACAAGCUCGAUUCGCAUAUCACGGCACAACAGGUCUCUAACGAGAAGUUGGAGACAUCCGUUGCUGCCCUUAACGCUGCUCCCAAUCAAUAUAAAGCACUUCAGCAGCAACUUAGAGCGCUUCUGACAGCAAACAGCGUUGAUCUAAAGAAGCUGAAUAAGAAUAAUAAGGCAAACAAAUUCCCUGAGACACACCACAAGAACCAGGUCGUGUUGCCACCUGAACUGAAGCUUGUUUAUGCUGAUCAUUCAGUAUUUUACAAGCUCUCGCAGAUCCAGGACCGCCUCAAAGCAGCCCUGGUGCCAUACAAACUCUGGGCACAAUGCCCUGUACCAAUCGAUGUUGUCAUUCAACACCAUGCUGCCCUUUCAAACGAGAGUAUCCUUGGCUUCACUCGAAGAAUCCGGGAUGCCUGGUACAUGCUGCCCUUCCAGAACAGACGAAACGUCAUGGGCCGCGAGGUUCUUUGUAACAUGCUUCGUCAACAUGCUCCUAGCACCUGGAUCUCUAUAGCAGACUUGUAUAGCAACUGGUCUACUGCCGAGAUAGUUGAUCAGUCAGUUAUCCGAGCCGAGAUGCUCUCUCGCACGUUGAUUGAGGACAAGAUCUUCAGCAAAUCAGCGGUUACUGUUCAGCUCCAGGGCUAA